UCCGACGACCCUGCUAUUUUAGUCUUAAGCAGUCCACCAUGCUGCCGCAGCCUGUGCGGGCAAAUGGCAUUCAAGGUUGCAUCUCGCAGCUUUCGGCGCCUGCCCACUCUCCGGUGCAACUGAUGUCGGGGCAUCCGACUUCGCUGCACUGGGGGCCUGCCUGGGUUGGCAGCUCUCAUCUUGGUGGACAGAUUGUGGGUGCAGCAGGAGCUUUGUUGUGCUCCCGUGAACUCGUGAAGCGCCGCCAGGCUGAUCGAGAAAGCUCAGAUGCGGAGAAGCGCUUGGAAAUGAUCCAAGCAGCCAUUCGACGCGGAGAGGCCAAAGCAGCACAGGGGGCUGAGGUGGCGGAGCCACGCCGGAUGACCCCGGAGGAAGAGGAGGUGCUGGGAAAGAUGUUCAUUCAGCCUGAAGAGAUGAUGGAGGCGCAGGAUGAGGCUUCAGAGCCUCAAGAGGAUCUUCACGAAGUACGGAUUCGGCGAACGCUAGAGUUCUGCCCCGAUGGCGUGCUGGCAUGGGAGAUUCUGCAAGAGAUCACAGCUUCGGGUGAAAAACCCGGAGUGGGAGCCUACGACCUCGUGAUUGAGGCAUUCUCACGGCGAGGUGCUUUAGAUGAUGCCCUGGCUGUUUUCAAGGCGGUUUCAGAUGCUGGGCUCCAGCACAGCGAUGCCAGCUUUGACCUCUUGGCCACGCCGGCAUCAAAGAGUGGUGAAUACAGAUUCGUAGAGAGGCUCUUUGCCGCGAAGGCUCAGGCCCAGCCGGAGGGAGAGAUUGGGCCUGCAUCGUUGGCCUUGCUGCUGGAUGCCUAUGCGAAUGGUUUGCCUAGUCAAGCUCAAAAGGCCCAGGCAGCCUUCCGCAGCGCGAUGGCCGUUGGGGAAUCUGCAAAGACCCCGCCAGAGGAGACGGCACCAGGCCAAGUCCUUCGUGCCCUCAAAAGAGCUGUUGGUCCUUCUGUAUAUCGCGACCUAACAAAAGAGUAUGGGCUUGACCCAGAUGCAGUGGAAGAUGUAUAAGCUUCUGAAAUACCGUGUAGAAUUGGAACUGGGAUGGCUUGCUUUUCACCUAGAUUCCAGACACGAGCCUCCACGGAAAAAUGAUUUCUCUCA